AGUCUAGAAUCGCACGUGAGCCUGCGCUCACCAAUCACAGCCUGGUCUCCAGUUCUGUUUGUGCCUUUAGAGUCGCUAAACACGCCCUGAGCCGCGCGAAAGAGCUCCAGACUGCGUUCAGCAGAGCUGUCGGAAGUUCCGCUUCCCGGGCUGAAAGAGAAACCGGGUUGCACUGGACCGAGUACACGCGGUGAAUUUCACACUGUUAACAGUUUGGCCAUGGCGUCCAGCAGCUCCUGUGUGGUGAUCAGCGAUGAUGAGCAGGGUUAUGAUCUCGACCUCUUCUGCAUACCAAAGCACUAUGCUUCUGACCUGGAACGUGUCUAUAUACCUCAUGGACUAAUCAUGGACAGGACUGAGCGACUGGCCAGAGAAAUCAUGAAGGAUAUGGGGGGACACCACAUUGUUGCCCUCUGUGUGCUCAAAGGGGGCUACAAGUUCUUUGCAGACCUGCUGGACUACAUCAAAGCACUGAACCGCAACAGUGAUCGCUCCAUUCCAAUGACUGUGGACUUUAUUCGCCUCAAAAGCUACCAAAAUGACCAAUCCACAGGCGAGAUUAAGGUGAUUGGUGGAGAUGAUCUGUCCACACUUACAGGGAAGGAUAUAAUAGAUACUGGGAAGACAAUGCAGACGUUGUUAGAGCUCCUCAAGCAGUACAAUCCAAAAAUGGUCAAGGUAGCCAGUUUACUUGUGAAGAGGACACCAAGGAGUGUUGGCUACAGACCUGAUUUUGUAGGAUUCGAGGUUCCUGACAAAUUUGUGGUGGGAUAUGCGCUCGAUUACAAUGAGUACUUUAGAGAUUUAAAUCAUAUCUGCGUCAUCAGUGAAACAGGAAAAGAGAAGUACAAAGCAUGAGGUGGUCUGCACCUCACCCUUUUAGCUGUGCAUAAUUUUUUUGAUCAUUUUAUAUUAUUUCUGGUUUGUAAUUUUAAGGUGUGCUGCUUGCUGCAGAUACAGUAUAGAGAGCCAUGCUUCCUCUCAAGGCACAGUGGCUGUCACAUACUAGUGACCCCAAGAUUUUCUAUGCUGAAUCACUGAUGUAUUUUGGUUUGAAUGUAUUCAGCUAUAAUAUAAAAAAAAUUAUAUAUAAAAUAAGUAAAUUUCUCUAAUUUAUUGUAUCAUUUUGAACAUUUCUUUUGUUAAAUAAUUUUUUAAAACUUUAUUCUGCAUGAUUAGAAAGCUUGCAUCCAAACUUUACAACUUUGUUGAUUGCUUAUGUACUUGCUCAUUGAACAAAAAUAUAUUUCUAGUCAAACAUUUACACUGUACAAGCCAUACUGUACAUAAUCAAAUGUAACUUCUUUAAAAAAAAAAAAAAUGUAGUUUUUUUUAAUGCACAAUCAUUUCUGGUUGGUUUGAUUUUAAGAUGAGCAAGACAGCUAUUACAUUGAUCCAAAAACAUUUUUGACCACACCUCUUGACUACAGGAUGUUUACCCUUGGCUUCUUCUUCUUCUUCUUCUUCUUUUAAAUUUGUUAUUACAAUCAUUUUCAUUUGACUGCUUAUUGCAGAUUAUUAUAUUCUGUAAACGUAGUUGACACUUUAUGUAAAGGGGAUCAAAUGUUAUGGUUCCUUAUAUGCCAAGUCAUAUAGCCACAAUAAUGGUCAUAUCCAGUAUAUCUUCUGUAACAAAAACAUGAAGCAAUGAUGACUAAGUGAGCUGCUACUUGUAUUUGCAGUUUUAGCAACACCAUUACAAAGUUGUACAUUAGCCUUAUAGGUUAAUAUGAUUAAAGCAAUCUAGGUCCUAUAAUUGAUUUAUUCUAAAUAGUUGUGUGGCUUCAGAUUUACACAAUGCUUCCCAAGCAACAUCCCAUUUGGCAAACAGGUCAUUAGAUGUAAGUGGACCAUUGUAUCAGAGAGGUUUGUGAAUGAUUUUAACAAAUGUAUUAGACUGGAAAAUGUGCGAUGACAUUAAAUAUUUCAUUUGAAAUUGAAAUCACA